AUAAUUAAAAAAAAAAAAAAAAACUCAAAUGCAAAACAAAUCUAAGCUCUUUUUUGCCCUCACUGGAGCUAACCCAGUUCCUCUAUCCUUCUCUCUCAAUAUUCUAACCCUCCAUUGGAAUACAUUAUCCAUUCUCUUUCUGUGUACAGUCCUUUCCAGUUGCAUUUUGCUAAACAGGGAAUGAGUGGCUGGAAAGAGCAAUCCAUUCUUCUUUCUUUUGCUGUAAUUGUCUGUUGACUCAAUUCCGUAGUGAAGAGAGAAGCUUCGAAGAUCGGGGUUGAUAAGGUGUGUGGAAAAGUAGAAGAAAUCUAGAAGUGAAGAGUUUGUAUGGACUGGCACUUGAAAGCAGCUUCUUGGGAUUUGACAGAAUUAGAACAAGAAGCCUUUCCCAACAUAGAAACAGUUGGUGGGUCAAGUAGCCUUAGAGAUCUUAGGACCAAUAAAGGGGAUUUUUCAGUUGAUUUGAAGCUUGGUCAGUUGGGUUAUUCAGGCCCUGAAUCUGUGAAUAAAUGGAAGGAGCCAGGAGUCUCAAAAAUGGCAUCAUCACCUUCCGGGUCAUCGAAAAGGGCAAGAGCAGCUAAUAAUGGAACUCAGCCAGUUUCAUGCCUAGUUGAUGGCUGCACUUCAGACCUUAGUAAUUGUAGGGACUACCAUAGGCGCCACAAGGUCUGCGAGCUCCAUUCGAAGACUCCACAAGUAACUAUUUGUGGCCAGAAGCAACGGUUCUGCCAGCAAUGCAGCAGGUUCCAUUCGCUGGAGGAAUUUGAUGAAGGAAAGAGAAGCUGCAGGAAACGUCUUGAUGGACACAAUCGAAGGCGAAGGAAGCCUCAGCCAGAACCCCUCUCUCGAUCUGGGAACUUUUUGUCCAAUUACCAAGGUACCCAAUUGAUACCAUUCUCUAGUUCACAUGUCUAUCCCUCGACCAAUGUGGUGAGCGCUUCCUGGGCUGGAGUUCUCAAUUCUGCAGCAGAUGCUAGGCUUCAUAACCAGCAGCAACAAUUACAAUUAAUCGAUGAACAGAAACUGUUUCUCCGAUCCUCCCCGAGCACUAGCAGCUUUAUAGGAGGGAAGCAACUCCCAUUCUUGCAAGGCGGUAGCACCACUCUCAACAACCAAUCAUCCCUUGAAGCUCCUGUCUGCCGGCCACUUCUUAGGUCCAUUGCUUUGACAGAAAGUGGCGGGGCUAGGACUAAAAUGUAUUGUGACAGGUUAACAACUCAAGUCCAGGACUCGGAUUGUGCUCUCUCUCUUCUGUCAUCACCUCAGUCACAGACAUCCAGGCUCGGUUUUACCCACAUAGCUCAUCCUAACUCAGUCUCCCUGGUGCAGCCAUUAGGUCCAAGCCUACAUGGUAACAGCUUAGAGCCAAUGGAUUCAGUUCUGGUUUCCAGUGGCAGUGACAGUAACGUCCAUUGCCAGGCAAUGUUUCACAUGGGGUCUGAUGGAUCACAGGCAAACGGAACCCCUCAAACACUUCCAUUUCACUGGGAGUAAAGAUAUUACUCGGGUUUUACCUUGUUGCAAUGAUUCUGGAUUCACUUGUUGAGGAUUUGUUGGAAUUCUUUUCUUUCUAAAGCUAAGAUGUUUGUUAUUAAAUUUCUUUCUUCCAAGGACAUAAUUAUAAAAUCUUAUUGUUUCUAACA